AGCUUUUAGCGUCAGCUGUUCUUUUUUUUUUUUCUUUCUCUGCCCGACGGCAUCACACGUGCACAACUAAAAGAAGGCAGCGUUUCUUUUCCCCCAUUUCACGCGGCGCCACAGAAACGGUUUACAACACAACAUCGUUAGCACGUGCAUAAUGCAGGAGGACGGCUCGGAUGCGGGGAGCGUCGUGGAGGUGCUGCCUCAGGAGCAAAUAACGAUGCUGCUCAACAAGCAAGAUUUCAACGACAAGGUCGGCCAAGAUACCGCCAAUUUGUGUUGCGUCCUCGUCAGCAGCACGAUAUGCCGUCAGUGCGGUAUUCGACGCAUUCCGUACCCGAAGGCGCCGCCGCGGAACGCAGAUGGGACUGUCGAUGAGGACGGUGCGGAGGAGGAGGGAGAGGAAGCGGAGGGAGACGAGGAGGAGGGCGGCAGCGAGGACGGCGCGUGCAACACCGGGGGCGCCUCCGGCGGGCACUUUUAUCGGGACUUCGAGGAGCACCUCGUGCGCAAGGCGGCCACCGCCGUGCAGCGCCGCCACGUCCGCUUCUUUCACGUCUGCGCCUGCGCUGCGGAGGAGACCUGCAUUGACGUUUUGAUGGCGGCCGAUCCAGCCUUCAGCGUGCUGAACAAGAAGCCGACCCCGCACGAGAUCGCGCAGCUGCACCAGACGGCGCAUCGCCAGCUCUACGAACUGCUGGCGUUGUUAGAGGUGCGCAGUACCCCACAGAUGCGUUUCUACCUCGCUGGUCAGCCGCUGCGGUACAGCAUGAUGUCCAGCGUUGCUGGCGGCGGUGCACCGGCUGGGGUAACGGCGGCGAACGACUUGAUUAUGGCGACAGGCGCCAAUCGUGUGAAGUGGGCCCGUGUCCUGGAGAACGCCGUGGUGGUGCGGAACGCCGUGAUGCGCGACUACGACGCGGAGGAGAAGGAGAAGGCGCGGCUGGCACGGGCAGCGGCGAAGCGGCUGGCACGGGAGGAGCGGCGGCGUCAAGAAGCGGAGGAGGGCGAGGAGGAGGAGGAGGAAGACAACGAAUAG